CAUUCUCAUAGCUCAUCUUGCCAAAAGCAAACGUCCAUGUCCAAUUGCUUUUUCGUAACUCAACCCAACACAAUCAAGCGCACCGGGAGAGAGUACCGAAAGUGGGUAAAAUGUCCAAACCUGGUCAGUUCCGAGCCGAUCUCCCUGAGCUCGCGAGACAUCUCCUCACGAAUGGCCCUCACAAAACUAAACCCACCGCCCGUCGAGUCCGAGUCAUCCUAAACAGCACAUGCGUCGUUGAUACCACCAAAGCAGUCCAUAUUUGGGAACACGUUGCAUAUCCGCAGUACUAUGUACCUAUAACAGAACUGCGGAACUGCCGUUGGAAAGACAAGCAAGACAUUCAGUCUACCGGCGACGCAAUUCAAGCCGCUGCGGCAGUCGUUGAAGUCACCGUUCCUGGCCGGGACGGUGAAAACGACUUCACCACCGACCGGGCUUUAAGAUUUUCCGACAAUGGAGAGAUCAGCGGUGCCCUAAAGGGUCUGGUAAGGCUCGAGUUCGGUAGUAUGGACCAGUGGCUCGAGGAAGAAACGCCCAUAUACGUCCACCCCAAGGAUCCCUACAAGCGCAUCGAUAUUCUCCCUUCGACGCGACCAGUAGAGAUCAAGGUCGCCGGAAAGACCGUCGCCAAGACCGACUUCGCCGUUCAUUUGCUGGAAACUGGGUUGCCUACGCGAUACUACCUCCCCUUAGCGUCGGUUGAUCAGUCAGCGUUGCGACAAAGCAAGCUCAUCACAAAGUGCCCCUACAAGGGCGAUGCCGAGUACUACAAUGUUGUUGUAGAUGGCACAGAGUACAGCGACUUGGUAUGGUACUACAGGCUUCCGACUCAGGAGAGCGCGGGGAUUGCCGGUCUACUGUGCUUUUACAAUGAAAAGGUUGACAUUAUUCUGGAUGGAGAAGUUCUGGAGCGGCCGAAAACAUUCUUUUCUUGAAAUAGGUGGUCAUAGGCAGCUUGAGCAAAUUUCAGUGAAGUGGUUUUGAUGAUGCAUUAUGUGCAAUCGCAGUCGUGACUUUCUUUCGGAACCUGCAAUACAGACUGGAUGGAGUUGGAUCAUGAUACAUCUGGGUGUCACUGUAGUCACGGAAUGAAUGAUAAUUUUAUAGUAUCCUUCAAUUUUUUAAU